AUGGGCUGUUCAGUGUUCAUGUUUAAAUUAUAUCAAUUACUGGCGUGUAAUGAAGGGAAGAAUCAAUUAAAGCACCACCGACCAACACCGAGCACACCGACACCACCGCCAUUCAUCAUCAACACCAGCACCAACAUCAUCCUAAGUUCACCCCGCUGCGCCUCAUACACGGCUCAGAACCAGGAUCGGCGCCUGAUUAUCAAGACCGUAACCCACCUCGCACACAAGGAUCAGGCGGGCGAGCUAUCGCCCACUUAUCAGAGGGCAUCUGUAGACGGAGGGAAGUUGGACGUAUCAUCACUUGACGGGAGUAUUGGAGAAGCAAAGGAGCACAUUUUGGGCUUGGAAGAAGAAUUUGUUCGCGUUUGA